AACUUGACACCCUCACUGUUACCAUUUUUCACUACAACGACCGAAUUCUCUUCCCACUUUUGCACAUUUCUAUGUAAUAUUCCCAGAAAGCCCCUUGCUUUGCGCGCCAAGAGAACCUCAGAUUCUGAGCCGCUUCUAGAACCUUCUCUCCUCCAAGAAGUAUCCUUCGACGACGAAGAAGAAGAUGACGAACUCCUUGACGAAUUUGAAUUUGAAGCUGAACUGAAUGAUGAUGAUGAUGUUAUUGUUGAUGACGGUGACGAUGUUGAUGUCGGUGCUGGUGAGGAUGAAGAAGAGGAGGAGUAUGAAGAUGGCGAUGCCGUAGUCUAUGUUGGUGAUGGCGGAGCAGGUGGUGGAAUCUCCCUUGCUGGGACAUGGUGGGAUAAGAAGGCACUAGCCAUUGCUAAAGAAGUUACUGCCUCUUUUGAUGGUGACCUGCAAAUUUAUGCCUUUAAGACUUUGGUCAAUUCCACCAUUCUAGUGCGCAUUGAAAGGCUUACCAACAAGUCUGGCUCCCCAACAAUGGAAGAUAUUGAAGCCUUUUCUAGAACCUACAGAACAAAAUUGGAUGAAGCAGAGAUUGCCAAAUUUGUUCCUGAAAAUUUGAGUUUGGAGGUGUCUUCUCCAGGUGUUGAAAGAAUAGUUCGGAUUCCAACCGACCUGGAUCGAUUCAAGGACCGGCCUAUGUAUGUGAAUUACUCCAUUGUUAAUGAUUCUGAUAAUUCAUCUGCAGAAGGUGAUGGGGUCUUCAGGCUUGAAUCCUUUGACAUGGAAACUAAGUGUUGCACGUGGGGUAUAGCUGAUGUGAGAGUCAACAGAGGGAAAGGAAGACCACUGAAUAAGAAACAAAGAGAAUGGCGUUUAAACACUCCCUUUGAUUCAUUACGUUUAGUACGGUUGCACUCUGAUAUUUAAAUUAAUUAUUCCCCCCAAAAAAAGUGUUAAUGACAUCUCCAUCUUCAUGUGCAAGUCUGUGUAGAUAAUUAGGGGAACAGUUCACACAUAGAUCCAUAUUUGUUAAAUUUUUGAAUUUUUGAAACUUGACAAGUUUGAGGUCUUUUCACUGGAUUGUAAUUUCCCUUUUGUGGAUGGUAAAUUACAAAACUGGUGAAGAGAUAUAUACUGUAUUAUGGAAUUAAUAAACAAACUGAAA